GGCUGCUGGACAGUAGGAGCUACCAGCUGCAAAUCAGUUCACGUGAUUGCAAUCAACAGCAGGGACGUGACCUCCAUGACGCACGGAAACGCGGAGAUCAACUAUACACUACUUUAAAUGGAGGAUCAAGCAGGCUACAUCCUGCAUCUUAGAUGUAGCCUUACUAACGCUUCAUAUCUUUAUAUGGUGAGCAGGGCACUAAUUGUCAAAGAGCAUGGAUAAAGAGUGGUUUAUUGGACAUGAAAGGAUUCCCUCUACAAAAUAUGAACACCAGAUGUCCAGCAGCAGUGUGUCAAGGCCCUGCAUGACAGUCAACCUGACCGAAAUGCUUCAAGCUGACAAGCCGAAUGUAGUAAAGAAGCCAGUUCCCAUCCGCCCCCCAAGUCCCCGAGUCUCUCUACCGAGGAAACAAGAGUUCCACCGCAGCCUCUCCUGUGAACCCGCUCCUAAACCCAUCAUCCGUCAACGAUCACUGUCUCUGCCUUCCACCCCAGAGAAGAAGAAACGAUGCAGAAAUGUUGGUGUACGGUUUGUUGACUCUGUGGGGCUCGACCUUGAAGAUGUCAAGCUUUUCAAAUCUGGAGAGGAUCCAUCUGUACCAUAUCACGUUACCUUUAGGUUGUUGAUGGCUGCAGAGUUGGCAGGUGGAAGGCAUCUGGAGAUUUCCUUGCCAUACAUGAAGCCUCUUUUCUCCCAGCAACCCGGUGACCAGCCAGGAUUCCUGCAUCGUCUCCAUGAGCAGAAAGUGUGUCUCGAGAGAGUGUUUUGUUGUGAGCUUGGUGUCAUCGGAAUUACCCAGGUCCUCAAUUUGGAUUUUGAGAAAGACGUCACAGCUCGCUAUUCAUUUACAGAUUGGAAGAGCUGCACAGAAACUAAGGCCUCUUGGGUGUCCACCAUCACAAAUACCAGGGAAGGAGGAGGGAGCCAACUCAGCUGUGAUACAUUUCGUUUCCACCUGACCAUUCCUCCUUUCUUACAGCCAGGAGCAGUGUUAGAGUUUGCCAUUCAGUACAAAGUCUGUGGAGCUGAAUACUGGGACAACAAUAAUGGUGAGAAUUAUAAGUUGGUUUGCCAUAGCUACAAGCUCAGUGUCCCCAGAGAAUGCGAAGACAGUAUGGUACACUUCAUUUAGGGUUCUGACUAAAGGUAGAACAAUCCCAUGGAACGCUUUAUGGGGUUGUCAGCAUUGUAUAUGUAAUGUUGUUAGAUUAAUGCUAACAAAGGGAAUCUUUGAAUCAAGAUAAACUGUUGACUACUGUAUGCACAGACCUAGUUAAAGUGCAGUAUUCUAUUGCAAACACUAUUACACUUAUACCUGAUGCCAGCUUUAGUGCUACUGUUUUAACUUUGGGUUUUCUUUUCAUAUUAUUGGAUUUUCCUGCAUGGCCUUUUACUGUUGAAUGCAUUUCAGUCCAGCUCAGUAUUUGACAUAGAAAAGAGAUCUAUAUAUUACAGGAAUCUGCUCUGUUGAACCAUUUUUCUUCAGUUUAUUUUUGAGUCAAAUAUUGUCGAGCAAAGUCAAACCCUUGGAUAGAUGCAAAGUAAUUUUUUAAAAUAAAUCGGAAAUCACUGUAUAUUUUGUUUAAGAAUAAAGCACAAUUUUGCAUAAU